AUGGGGAGCUCACAGCAAGUUGGAUGGUGCAAGAAACCCACAUCACCCACAAAUGCACGAGCUACUUUGAAAGUUGUAAGGAAGACCACGUACACCAUCGUUCUGCUCACCAUCACUGUGGUCACAGGAGCUACAGGGUUCCACAGAGUGUCAGCAACAGUAGGUAACAGCCCUGUGCUCACCUGCCCUUCCACAUCAAAUUUAAGUAUGGUAACAUGGAAAAUAAGCCCCAAGGUUGGAGGCCCCUGCACCUUGGGAUACAGAGCUGAUCGGAACAAGACAGACAGAACAAACUGCAGUGACAGCAUGAACUGGAAAUUCAGACCAGAUCGGGAUCCUGCCCUUGAGAUACGGCAAGUGGGACUAGCCCAUGAGGGAAAUUACACCUGCGAAGCAGUAGCAACAGAAGGGAAUUUCCACAGGACGUACCACCUGACCGUGCUGGUGCCCCCCAGGCUGACCCUGUACUGUGAUGACCAUGGGAACCCGGUGUGCGAGGCAGCGGCAGGGAAGCCGGCUGCUCGGAUCUCGUGGGUCCUAGAGAGCAAUUCCACCCCCAAGGAAGAAGGCCACGACAACGGGACAGUGACUGUUCUCAGCAAGUUCCCAGCACGCGGCACCAACGUGACUAAUACAACCUGCGUUGUGUCCCACCCAGCUGGGAACCAGCGCGAGUCCAUAGCCUGUCGUCCCUCAAAGAAUAGUUCAUGGAUUCUUCACUGUGGCAUCAGCCUCGCUAGUCUCCUGGGCCUCCUCUUCCUGCUUGCUGUUCUUCAUCUCUACAUCUUCUGUGAUAGUGGGACAAUGAGAAGCCAGUACAAGCCAAGGCAUCUUCCAUCUGCAGAGCUGUCUGGGCCUAUUUCUAACUCAGCACCUGAGCAGAGAUGAAAGAAACUUCCAUUAUGCCUCAGUCAGCAAUGUGACAUGCAGCAGGGACCCACCAGUACCAAAGCGUUUAGGAGAAAGAAGCAAACAUCUGCAAUGCAGCCGGUGUAACUGUGCAGAAGCAUGGCAUGCAGGGCUGACCCUUGUCAGCUCUGUCUUCCAUCAUCUCUCUAGUGCAACUAUAGAUGCUGUUAUCACUCAUGCAAGUAUCAAUCUUCUUUUAUAAA